AGUUUGAUUUCAGUUGUAUAGUAAUACCGAAUUAUACCAGCUGUAAUAAUAAAAUUUUAGAGGACGAGGUGAAAAAACAUGAUAAACUGGUAAUUGUACCUUACUUACCUUGUUAAAAGACCAAACUACCAUGCUCAUCAUCAACCCUGUCUUAUCAUCUACCAUCGCCAUGAUCCUCUACUUCUUCUUCCUCCUUCCUCUCCUAACCCACACACAAUCCAAACCCACGCUCACCGUUACCCCCAAGAUCCUCUCCAAAUCCGGCGAUCCUGUUUUGAUUCAAUGGUCUGGUAUUGACACGCCCUCAAAGCUUGACUGGCUCGGUCUGUACGCGCCUCCGGACUCGCCCCAUGACCACUUCAUCGGCUACAUGUUCCUCAAUUCCUCCCCUACGUGGGAAUCUGGCUCCGGCAGCAUUUCGAUUCCUAUCACCUCUCUCCGCUCCAACUACUCCUUCCGGAUUUUUCACUGGUCCGAGUCAGAGAUCGACCCAAGAAAACAGGAUCAGGAUCACAAUCCACUUCCCGGGACAGCUCAUUUCCUGACAGAAUCAGAGUGGGUCGCCUUCGACCCCAACAGAGGACCUGAGCAGAUUCACCUGGCUUGGACCGGAGUAGAGGGGGAGAUGCGGGUAAUGUUUGUAGUUGGGGAUUUGGAGCGGAGGUAUGUGAGGUAUUCGGAGCAGGAUGGGGAUUGGGUGGGAAAUUUGGCGGUGGCAAGUGCGGUGAGGUAUGAGAGGGAGGACAUGUGUGAUGCUCCGGCCAACGACAGCAUGGGGUGGAGGGAUCCUGGAUGGAUAUUUGAUGCUGUCAUGAAGGAUCUGAAGGGUGGGGUUAGGUAUUAUUAUCAGGUUGGAAGUGAGAGUAAAGGUUGGAGCAGGACACACAGCUUUAUGUCUUGGGACACAAAGUCAGAUGAAACUACAGCAUUCCUUUUUGGAGACAUGGGAACUGCUACACCCUACAAAACCUUUCUUCGCACACAAGAUGAAAGCAUCUCAACAAUUAAAUGGAUCCUCCGUGACAUAGAAGCCCUUGGUCAAAAACCUGCUUUUGUUUCACAUAUUGGGGACAUCAGCUAUGCAAGAGGCUACUCAUGGUUGUGGGAUGAAUUUUUCACCCAGAUUGAGCCUGUUGCAUCCAAGGUUCCUUACCAUGUCUGUAUUGGUAAUCAUGAAUAUAACUGGCUUUCACAGCCUUGGAGACCUGAGUGGUCAUAUUCAAGUUACGGAAUGGAUGGUGGUGGUGAAUGUGGAGUGCCUUACAGCCUUAGAUUUAAUAUGCCUGGCAAAUCUUCUGAACCAACUGGAACCCAUGCACCAGCCACUCAAAAUCUUUACUACUCAUUUGAUAUGGGUUCUGUACAUUUUGUGUACAUGUCAACUGAGACCAAUUUCCUACCUGGAAGUAGACAAUAUAACUUUCUAAAGCAUGAUCUAGAGUCUGUUGAUCGGGAGAAGAUCCCUUUUGUUGUAGUCCAAGGGCACCGACCAAUGUACACCACAAGCUAUGAAUAUAGAGAUGCCUCAUUGAGAAAGAGAAUGCUAGAGUCCUUGGAACCUUUAUUUGUGAAAAACAAUAUCACACUUGCCUUGUGGGGUCAUGUCCACAGGUAUGAAAGGUUUUGUCCACUGAAAAACUACACUUGUGGAAGCAUCGGUCUUGGUGGGGAGGAUUGGGAAGCAUUACCUGUGCAUAUUGUGAUUGGGAUGGGAGGACAAGACUGGCAACCCAUUUGGGAACCUAGACCAGACCACCCAUCCGAUCCAAUCUUCCCACAACCGAAGCAAUCUUUGUAUCGUGGUGGUGAGUUUGGCUACACUAGGUUGGUUGCUACGAAGAAGAAGCUAACACUUUCUUAUGUAGGGAACCAUGAUGGGAAGGUUCAUGAUGUGGUUGAGAUUUUAGCAUCUGGCCAGGUUAUCAGUGGUGGUGAUACAGAUGUUGAUGGUAUUAGUAAAAUUGGAAGUGGUAUUGCUGCUGGAACCAAGGAUGUGGUGAUCAAAUCUAAGUUUACACAGUAUGUCACUGGAGCUAGUGUACUGGUGCUUGGUGCUUUAGCAGGCUAUGCUCUUGGUUUCAUCACACACGCUAGGAAACGAAAAGGUGCUUCAAAUGAGGGCUGGGCAGCUGUGAAGGGUGAAGAGAUAUGAGUAGAGAUAGUGUUGAUAGUGCUAAUGGCUAGAGAAUAUAUUGUGGGCUCUUUCAAAAAUUCUCUUUUGAAAGAAAUGCAUAGUGCAUCAAGGUCUGGUGGUCUGAAUUGGCGUUCUCAUGUUAAAUACACAGGAAUAUGAAACUGAAGAAAGUGGUAUAUAAUCUGGAUGAACGAACUUUCAUGAGUUAAAGUUUUUGUAUAUAUAAAUUUUUCUCUUGCAUAUUUAUUAUGAGUUAAGCAAUAAAUAUAUGUUUCACAGUAUUGGAAUGCUUGUAACAGUCUUAUUCUCCCCGUUUGUCACGGUGUUGUAUACUUGCUUUAUUAAUCAAUUUCAAUGCCAGGU